GACAUAUUCUCCACGAUGCCCAGAAUUUUGAUUCCCGCCUUUCGACAAAAGUCGAUUUCCUUUCGUACAUCGAGUAAGGCGACUUCCUGCGGGGUCGUAAGAACCACAGCUCCACCAACUCCACUCUCGUUUAAGAAAGAGUUGACACUGAGAUGUUCAUCACUCGUCCCAGGCGGCGUAUCAACCAGCAAAAAAUCCAUAUCCCCCCAUUCCACAUCCUUCAAAAACUGUUUUAUCAACCCGUUCUUCUUCGGUCCCCUCCAGAUAACAGCAUCAUCGCGAUUCGGCAGCAUAAACUGCACACUCAUAACCCCCAAAUUCUCCAGAACCCAAACGGGACUCCACCCCGCACCACUGAUAUGUAUGGUCUCGCUCUCUACCCCCAUCAUCUUCGGUAUACUCGGUCCGCAAAUAUCCGUGUCCAUAAUGCCCACCGUAUUAUCCGGAUUCGUCGCGAAAGCAUGUGCCAGUAAUGAUGUGAAUGUACUCUUUCCCACUCCGCCUUUGCCCGACAAGAUCAGGACUUUGUGUUUGAUGCCAGACAAACGCGCAGUAAUUACUGGGAUAUCAGGAUCCGGUCCUUUGGGGGCAGAGGCGCAUAUUGCUUGGUUGGGACAGCCGGCGCAAGAGUCGGCUUUGCCUGCUGCUUCGGAUUCGGGGCCUGGACAGUGUUCUGGCUCAGGGGCCACGAGCUUAGGAGCGGCUUUUAGGGGGUUGGAGAGGACGUCUUCAACAUUAUCGGGUGCCUCGAGGGAGGGCGCCAUGGUGCGGUUUGUGGGAGUGCGAGUUCUAUGUCUGCGAGGAAGAAGGUUGAUCUUCCUAGAGCUGUGGUUGUGGUUGGACAUAAGAAAAGUGAGGUCUCCGGAGUCGGCUCGGACUGUUUACAAAUCAUCCAUUUUUGUAAGCUAGUAUGAUGUUGCUUAUACCUUCAACCAAUCAUUCACCACUCAUUUCGAAAAGAUGGGGUUUCCUGAACAGGAAAUCAUACUUCAAGUGGAAAUUGCCAAAUGAAUUAUCACUGAUAUUCUUCGAUUUUAUGUUAUUGAUAUGCUGUGAGUAGGUCGAACUUCGUCGUAAAGACCGAUACUCGUGAUGAUAAUGAGAAAUCAGGAACUAUGACAAUGCAUGCAGCAUUCACUCAAUUUCGCUGCAAAUGGCUUACAAGAUUCAAUCUACGAAUAUAUAAAGCAUGGCUUUUGCGUUGAGAUCGGACUCUCUCUCUCUGCAUCAACAGUUUCGUACUGAUAUCCUUACUUCCAAGUCUUUCGAUCCAUCAAAACCUCAUCAUGUCCGCCGCCGCCGCAGAUAAGUCGAAGCCAUAUAUCCCGCACAACAAUAUAAGCGGAGAUGGCUGGUCCAACGGAGAGGAAGCAACAGCUACCUGCUUCUGUGGUGCUGUACAAUUGUCCUUUGUAACUCUCUACCACUCUCCUAGACCCUAGAGGUUACCUUUUCCCAGACUUACACAAUUUGUAGCCAGUUCAAGGUCCCGGCUUGAUCAAUAGCUUUAUCUGUAACUGUACAGACUGUAGGAAAAUAACUGCGUCUGCCUUCGCAUCUAACUUCACCGUGGUCGACAAGUAAGAUUCCCCUGGCCCUAUACAAAAUCCAGGUCCAAAGCUGAAAUUCCCAGGUACCUCAAACAUCUCCGCGGCCAAGAAAAUCUCAAAUCAUGGGGCCAAGCAAAGACAAUUAAAUCCGGCAAGAAAAUGACCAACUACUUUUGUAAUACCUGCGGUACCCUUAUGUACCGAGUGGGCGAGGCAUUUCCAGGAAUGAGCAUCCUGCGUAUCGGCACAGUGGAUGAUUUUUCUCUACAUGAGACGAAGCUACGACCAGAAUUCGAGCAGUUUACCAAGGAUCGGGUGGGAUGGUUGCGCGAGGUUGAAGGGAUGAAGCAUUUUGAGGCGAUGGGUGAGUUUUGA